AGUAAACCCUAACACAUUUCUUCUCUUUAUAUUAGCAUACUGCCGCCGCGAAGCUCUUUUCUUCUUGGCCGUCUUCUUCAUUGUCUCACAGAACUCAUCACCCCUCUCUCUCUUUCUCGCUUGACUCUUGAAGAUAAUCGACAAUGAGUCGAGGAGCUGCAGCAGGUCCCAAGGGGAAAAAGAAGGGAGUGACUUUCACCAUUGAUUGUGGAAAGCCAGUGGAGGACAAGAUCAUGGACAUUGCAUCCCUGGAGAAGUUUCUUCAGGAGAGGAUCAAGGUUGGAGGCAAGGCCGGUGCACUUGGUGACGCCGUCAGUGUGACCCGGGAGAAGAGCAAGAUCACUGUCACUUCUGACAGUAACUUCUCUAAGAGGUAUCUGAAGUACUUGACAAAGAAGUAUCUUAAGAAGCACAAUGUGCGAGAUUGGCUUAGAGUGAUCGCUUCCAACAAGGAUCGGAAUGUUUAUGAACUGAGGUACUUCAACAUUGCCGAGAAUGAAGGGGAGGAGGAAGAUUGAGAUGCUGAAUGAUUUUAGUCAUCUAAGGACCUUGUUUAUUUAUUUACUGUUUUUUGUGCGGUACUUUGCUGAAAUGAAUGCUGUUUUGAAGUUUUGUUCUUUUAAUUUGGUGAUUAUCGAAUUUUGCUAUUAGUACAUCAGAAUAUAGAAGAUCUGGAUUUUUAGGAAGUCUUAAUUAAUCAUGUUGAACGAAUGGAUCAGGCACUA